AUGGGGGCUGCAAAGACUGUUUCUGCCGCCUCGGCUCCGUGGGAAUCUGCGUCUGCUCGUGAGCAGCUGUUUGUGCUCAUCACCGGUGCGAACAGCGGCAUCGGUCUCGGCACGGCUCAAGUUCUCAUUGACGAUUUCCUGGCCACCCGCUCCCUGAGUUCGCAUCUCGUCAUAAUCCCCACGACACGGUCCAGCGCCAAAUCCCUCGAGACGAUCCAACAACUGAGAGGAUAUGCUACCAAGGCAGCCAAGUCUUCCAAAGGCUUGUCGUCGCGCGCCGGCGUGGGCUACAAAUGGGAAGACGCCGUCGCAAGAAUUCACAUCUUAAGCCUGACACUAGAUUUGUGCGACCUUCGUGCUAUUCGGGAUUUUGCGCACAAACUGCGCUACGGGACUGUGAGCAACCCUGAGGGCUUGGAGGGGGAAUAUCUGCGUAAUGUGAGGGUACCCCGUCUGGACAGCAUCAUCUGCAAUGCAGCCUUUGGUGGGUGGUCGGGGUUGGACUAUUUUGCAGCUCUUUGGUCGUUCUUCACAAAGGGCAUUAUCCAGACGGCUACUUGGCCCGAUUUUAAGCUAUCGUUGCCGACUUGCAUCUUGAACGAGCGGCCCGUGUACAACUAUCCCGUCAAGCCUUUGCUGGGCGAGGUCUUUUGCGCAUGUGUCUUUGGCCACUACAUGCUCGCCCACAAGCUCCUCCCGCUGCUGAGCAGGUCCUCCGAGAAAGAGGCCCCGGGCCGCAUCAUCUGGUCAAGCAGCAUCGAGGCGGUCCGACAAGUCUUUGACAUCAACGACCUACAGUGUCUCAUGCGUCCCGAGGCAUAUGAGUCUUGCAAAAGGCUCACCGAUCUCCUCUGCCUGAGCUCCUCUCUCCCCGCGGCGCGGCCCUUCUCCUCCCGCUUCCUCACCGUCGACGACGACGCCGACGCUGCCAAGAAACAGCUUGUCCAGCCCAAAAUCUACCUCACCCACCCCGGCGUCGUGGCCAGCACGAUCUUCCCACUUCCCUGGUUCCUCUUCUGGGCGUAUGAGCUCGCGCUCAUCAUCAGCCGCUGGUUCGGUUCCCCCUGGCACAAUGUCACGGGCUACAACGGCGCCAAGGCGGCCACUUGGGUCACGCUGCAAAGUCAGGAGGCUCUCGAUGAAUUUGGCGCCGAACGCGUCAAGUGGGGCAGCAGCACGGAUACCAGGCUCAACGUUGACGUGAAGAAGACAGAGGUGGAAGGCUGGGGGUGGGAAGGCAAACCCGAGACGUUUGACACUAUUGCCGCCGACACCGCUGUCGGUGUAUUGCGCAAGUCGGUUGGGCGACGGAUCGGUACUCGGGAUGUGACUGCUGAGGACAUCGCCGAGUUCGAGGAGGUCGGAGCCCGGUGUUGGCGGCAGCUGGAGGAGUUGAGGGCUCAGUGGGAUGAAAUCACGGCGCGUGAAGACGAAUCAUAG